GAGUUCCCCUGGGGGCCGAUAUUAGGGCAGGCGGAAGGGGGGGCAAUUGGCGGCGUUGCUUAAGCCGGAAGCAGAGACGGGGGGAGUUUAGAUGUGAUGCCAGCUAGGGAAGUAGUUUGAGAAUCAGAAAUCAAAAUCAGAAGCGCAAUGGCUAGUAGCUGGAGAAGAACUCUGGGAACUGUGAGAUCCUUCGUAAGCAAUUCCAUGGGCAGUGUUCGAGGAGGAACCAAUCUUGCUUCCUGGCUUGUCGCUGGAACCCUAGCUUACUUCCUUUGGGUCAAACCCUCUCGAGAUCUUCACCGCCAACAACAGGACCAAGCUGCUCUUGCUGCUUCGGAUCCUCAUCGUUAUGUUGAGAAACGAAAACCCAUUCCCGAUCCUCAGGAAACGGGGUUGGCAUAUGGGAACAAGGGCAAGGACGAAGCUAGUGGAAAGUAAGCCUAAGAGUCGACGCUCUUCGUCUUCGGCAUCAACUACUUGUACAUGGUGAGCUUGCCGAGUUCCUCCGUUGUUUGGCGACGUACCGCUCAAAUAUUCCCGAUUUUACAAGAGUUGUUGACCCCUGUAGUUCUCUAACUUUUUUCGGACUACGUAAUCGACACACUUUUAUAUAACGCAGUAAAGAAUUGAGCGAGUUGAGGUUUAUGGUAUGCCUAUGUCUCAUCUCCUUCAAAAAAUAUACCUGAAGAUUUAUCUCGUGGCGCGCUUUUUUGAAGGCUGAAUCCUUUUUGAAACGACAGUAUUUUGUGCUUCUAGCUUCCACAAUCCAUCUUGGUAUCCUAAAUACAUCAUGAAUGGUGUGAGCCCCAUGACAGCAAAUUUAAUUCUGUAGUUUCGAGAUAUGGUGUACUCUUGUUAUGUUGUUCGCUGCUUUUGCGGACAGGAAGGAACUAUGCUGAUUUAUCGAUAUUGUUCUGGAAUUUCUCAGUACAUGUAAAAAUGAAAGGUAUGAGAAUUUGGGGCUGACAAGUGACAAUGGCCGUAAUCCUUUGUUCUGUUAUUGCUAUGAGUUGGUCGGUUAGCCGGUUUACGCCUGGAAA